AUGGCAGCUUCAGCAGUGGAUCCAAAGCCUAUCCACAGGCUUGAGGAGUCACUGAUCAACCGCAUCGCUGCUGGCGAGAUCAUCCACAGACCUGCGAACGCUUUGAAAGAGCUACUCGAGAAUGCUCUCGAUGCGGGAGCAACGCAGAUCAAGAUCACGGCGAAGGAUGGUGGGUUGAAGCUUCUGCAGAUAGUAGAUAACGGGUCGGGCAUACGCAGGGCCGAUCUUCCUCUGCUUGCAGCGCGAUUCUGCACUUCGAAGCUCUCCACGUUCUCAGAUCUAUCGAAAUUGCAAACGUACGGCUUCAGAGGGGAGGCACUCGCCAGCAUCUCUCAUGUUGCACAUCUCAACGUGGUCACGAAGACCAGGGAGGACUCUUGCGCUUGGAGAGCAAGUUAUUCAGAUGGUUUACUCGCACCUGCUAAAGCGGGCACGUCCGCUGACCCUAAGCCCUGCGCUGGUAACGAUGGCACGACGAUCGCCGUCGAAGAUAUCUUCUACAACAUACCCCUUGGACUGAGAGCACUCAAAUCUCCUUCCGAUGAAUAUGCGCGUAUCCUGGACGUCGUCCAAAGAUAUGCUAUACAACCCAAGCGUCUCCUUCCUGUGCAAGAAGGUAUGAGUUCUUACCGUCUUCCUCUAUUGGUAUUGAACUCGACUUACCAGACUGGAUCAAACACUGCCGAUGUCUCGACUCCCUCCUCGCGGACCGUCAAGUCCGCCAUCAAGACCAUCUACGGCCCAAACGUUGCGAAAGAGCUGCUAGAGGCGCAAGCAGAAGCUGGGCCCGAGGACGAAUUCGAGUGGCAAGCCGAAGCAUGGCUCAUAAGCGCCAACUAUCACGCCAAGAAACCCGCGUUCUUGUUGUUUAUCAACCAGAGCGCGAGACUCGGUCUGGCGUUCCGGGCCAGUCUGGAUAUCGAUCCAAGCAAAGUCGAUGUCAACGUCCAUCCCACGAAGCGAGAAGUCCAUUUUCUGGAUGAAGAAGCUAUCACCCAAAAGGUAGCCGAUUCUAUGCAAGUGGUGUUAGCGGCGAAUGCCCAAUCAAGAACCUUUCAAUACCAGACUGUUCUCACCGGUCACCGUCCUUUCAAGUCACAGGGCAAGAUGAAGCGCAUUGACCUGCGAAAAGAGCAGAUCGCCGCUGGGUCUGACGAGGACAUGGAGAGAGAAGACGAACUCGAAGAUGAGGAGAAUGAGCAAGACCUGGACCUGGAACGGCCCAGGGCUGGGCCGUCCUCCUCUCUGAAACCGUCUCGCAAACCCUCUCAACCGUCGUACAAAAAAUCCGAAACGAUCUUAAGACGAGAACCUUGGACUCGAUACCUGGCAGAGAUCAUCGGCGAGCACACCUACGUGGGUAUCGCAUCGAUGAGUCUGUGCCUCUCGCUGGUUCAAUCAUCCACCAAACUAUUCCUGAUCAAUCACGCGGCUCUCUCGGAGGAGCUUUUCUAUCAGCUCGGGCUGAUUGUGGAGGAGCUCGUUAGGCUCGCUGUGGGUGCAGAGGCGGCUAUCAAAGAGCAGGGGCUGAACCCCGGAAAGAUCAUUAAGUCCAUUCUCAAACCCAUCAUGCCUCAAAGAGGCAUGCUGGCAGAAUAUUUCUCGCUCAAGAUCACGUCUUCUGUGAACUGGACGUCGGAAUCCGAAUGCUUCUCCACCUUCCUACGGGAGUUAGCUUAUUUCUACGCCCCUGGUUCUGUUGUACGAGAGAAGGAAGCCCCUGCGCCGGAAGAGCAAGAGCAAGGGAAGAGGAAAGGCGAGGAGUGGCAGAUCGAGCAUGUGCUAUUUCCCGCGUUCAGGAAGUAUCUUGUACCUCCUCGAGGGCUGCUCGAGAGGGACAUGGUGCAGGUUGCAGAGUUGAGGGACUUGUACAGGGUGUUUGAGCGAUGUUAG